UGUAUAGGAUCCGAUUAUUAUAACGCAAAUAAAGAAAACAUUGAACAUUCUUGUAUUGUUUAUUAUUGAGUUUUAUCAUUCAAAGCAUGUUCACCACUGUGUGAUCAUUUUUAUUUUUGUUUUUGAACAUUGGACACAAAUUGUAAAAAGAGCGAUACAAAAAUUAUUAUAAAUUUCAUAUUUAAAUGUGCCCACAAUCGUUUCAACAAUGUUAUCAUUUUUGCGAAGCAAAUCGUCAGAGGCAACCGUCAAUAAAAUCGUCAAUGGCACAAAAGACUUAUCUCUUGAAGUGGACGAAACACGCAUAGACGUAGUAGAUAUGCAAUCAAAAUUAAAUGAACCGAACAACGAUGUGAGAGCUUCACUCAAAUCACUUGGCUAUAAAAAUGAGACCGAACUAAGAGAAACAAUCUAUGAUAUUUUACGAACAAUUCGAGAUCCCGAAAAACCAUCAACGCUCGAAGACCUUAAAGUUGUUUACGAAGAAGGUAUUUUUGUGCAGCCACCAACAAGCGAUAACGUUCAAGUGGUUCGAAUUGAAUUCAAUCCAACGGUACCACAUUGUUCAUUGGCCACACUAAUCGGUUUAUGCUUACGGAUAAAAAUUGAACGAAAUAUUCAACAUAAACUAAAACUUGACAUUUAUAUAAAGAAAGGUGCACACUCAACAGAAGAUGAAAUUAAUAAACAAAUAAACGACAAAGAACGUAUUGCUGCGGCCAUGGAGAAUCCAAAUUUGAAGAAUUUGGUCGAGGAAUGCAUUCGAGAGGAACAAUAGCAUGGAAAUUAAAUAGUAAUUCGACGAUUAAAUGUAUUUUGUAGGAAAGACAAUCGAACGUCAAUGGAGUACUUAAAAUUUGUAAAAUAUUAUCAUGAUUGUUAUCGUUACAGAGACAAAUAUUUGAAAAAAAAAUGUUUUUUUUUUAUUAGCA